AUGCAUCUUCGUGAAUUGUUUCGCGCAGAAAAAUUGCCAAGAGGUCAAGGCGCGAUCGGCACCAAAUGGGUGUUGAAGAUCAAGCGCAAAGCGGAUGGAUCGGUUGAGAAAUACAAGGCGCGUCUCGUUGCCAAGGGCUUCAAGCAGAAGUACGGCAUCGACUACACAGAGACGUUCUCGCCCGUGGUCAAGUACGUGACACUGCGUAUGGUGAUCGCGAUCACCAAGUAUUUCGACUGGCCACUGGACCAACUCGAUGUGGUGACAGCCUUUCUCUACGGAGUGAUGAAGGAGAAGGUGUACUGCGUGAUACCAGAAGGCGUCGAGAUGGAUGGCGACUUCGACUGUCUCGAGUUGGUGAAGGCGAUCUACGGUCUCAAGCAAGCUUCACGUGUGUGGAACAAGACUUUCGACGAGUUCGUAUGCUCUAUCGGUUUCGAAGUGUCGGCGUUCGACCCAUGUCUCUACAUCAAGGUUGUCGACGGUCACUGUGUGCUCGUGCUGGUCUACGUGGAUGACGUGUUGGUCACCGGCAGCUCGCUCGAGUUGAUUGCGCAGACGAAGGCCGACCUCAAGACGCGUUUCGAGAUGACCGACAGUGGCAAGUGUACUUUUGUACUGGGCAUCGAACUGGUGGACGAAUCGGAUGGCAGCGUGACGAUGUGCCAGCGACGGUAUGUCAACGACAUCCUCAAGCGCUUCGGCAUGGAUGAGUGCAAGGCCACAGCAAGUCCGGUCGACUUGAGCACUCGGCUUGUCGCAAGCAGCGAAGCGGCCAAGAUCGACGUUCCGUUUCUUGAAGCUGUGGGAGCUUUGAUGCACUUGACGACUGCGACGCGCCCAGACAUUGCGCAUGCUGUGGGGUACGUCUCGCGCUUCAUGGAGAAUCCGCAGCAAGAACAUUGGACGGCGGUGAAGCGCAUCUUUCGUUACUUGCAAGGGACCAAGUCGCACGGACUCCGCUUCCAGCCAAGCGACAAGAUCGACUUUCGUGGCUACUCGGACGCGGACUGGGCCGGCGACCACGCUGAUCGCAAGUCGACUUCGGGUUACACUUUCAUGCUGAUGGGUGCUCCUGUGAGUUGGGGAAGCAAGAAGCAGUCAAGUGUGUCGCUGUCGACGAGUGAAGCGGAAUACAUCGCACUGAGUCUGGCCAUCCAGGAAGGCAAGUGGGUGCAUCGCCUGCUAUGCGAGAUUUUGGCGGCCGCAAACGAACCAGGACCGGACCUCGUCAUCCGUGAAAACAACCAGUCGUGCAUCAAGAUGACGAAGAAUCCGGUGAAUCAUGGCCGCGCCAAGCACAUUGACAUCAAGUACCAUCACAUCCGUGAUGAGGUCAAGCGCGGUGAAGUGCAGCUCGAGUAUUGCGAGACUUCCGUGAUGAUGGCGGACAUCAUGACCAAAGGUCUUUCUGGACCUCGCCACAAGGACUUGACGACGGCUCUCGGCAUUCGUGCGAGUUCGGAUUGA